AUAUUAAAAAUAAACACGGAUUGAUUGGAUUGAUGCAGUAGACAUACUUAGUUGGUCACGACGCAACAAUGGCGUUACUUAUAUUUCUAGUGUUCUUGUGUGUUUCGUUCUGCAACACACAUCCACAGUGCCUCGACUCUCAACCGCCAUUUAAACCAAGCGCUCGGCAAAUGUGGUGUAGAGACUACUCCGAACUUGGUUGCUGUACGAAAGAUGAUGACGAUAAGUUGCAGCUUCUCUACCAAAACGCUUUAAAAACCAUCGUUCCUCAAAAUAGAAACAAAUGCGGGAGGUUUUUAUCUAAAGUUGUUUGUUUGAAAUGUCAUUCGUGGUCGGCGCAUAUUUUUGAUGCUGAAGCAAAUCCGAAUUACGACCCGAAUUCGGCGUUACCGUGUCUCAACUGGAAUUUUUGUUUAAGAUUUGUAACGAACUGCGCGCAGGCAGUCGAACACAUUUUCAAGGAAGCGAUGCACAGAAGAAACAUUACAAUUGAUGAUUUUUGUCGUGAAUCUGAGGUCGCUUUAAAUAGAAAUUUAUGUUAUCCGAAAAUAAAGAAGACUAUUCGAGAUUUGAAAACGAUAAAAACGUCCAACACUGUCAACGGAACCUUGGCUGCCAAAAAAGGUUGUCUGUGUGUCAGAGAGGUGAGUAAAAAUCUUCGAAAUCCUUUGGACCUUGUUCACGCUAACGACCAAACACACAGAAUGUUCUUAGUGGAACAAAUUGGACUAGUUUACAUCAUUUUACCAAACGGAACGCAAUUAAAUACACCAUUUAUGAACAUCAGUUCAAAAGUUUUAACCAGUCCUGCCUUCGGAGAUGAACGUGGCUUGCUGGGGUUGGUGUUUCACCCAAGAUAUCGCGAAAACGGCCGGCUGUUUGUCUAUUACAUCACAAGAAGUUCUGAUAAGAAUGAUCCUGAACAAUGGUGGCUGGAUGGGGGGGUUGCCGUCCUGAGCGAAUGGCGGGUCUCGGGAUCAAAUUUGAAUCGAGUCAAUCCUUAUUCUGAGAGAGUGAUCUUGCUCAUACCACAGCCAAAAGGUAAUCAUAAUGGCGGCGAGAUCUUGUUUGGAGAGGACAAGUAUUUGUAUAUUUUUCCCGGUGAUGGCGGUGGAGCUGGAGAUCCGUUUGGAAAAUAUGGAAACGGUUUGAACAAAUCAACGCAUCUUGGGAAAGUGUUGCGGAUUGACGUGGACAAAGUGGAGCCUUACAGCAUUCCUCCAGAUAAUCCUUUUCUUAAUGAGCCUCACACUUUACCAGAGAUUUAUGCGUACGGUUUGCGUAACCCCUGGCGCUGUUCCGUCGACCGUGGGGAGAGGGGAAGUGGUUAUGGCAAAGGCAGGAUAUUCUGUGGUGACGUUGGACAAAACAGGUACGAAGAAGUGGAUAUUAUAGUGAAAGGAGGCAACUAUGGUUGGAGAGGACGCGAAGGUUUCAAGUGUUAUGAUAAGAAGAUAUGCAGAAAUGCGUCUCUAAUGGCAAACGAAGAGCUUCCUAUUCUCGCCUACAGCCACAAAAUAGGACAGUCUAUCGUUGGUGGUUAUGUGUACCGUGGCUGCAAGUACCCCAAAAUGAGAGGACUUUAUUACUUCGCGGAUACGAUGAACGGCCGGAUGUUUACAAUGAAAGAAAAUAAGAAGAGAAAAACGUGGAGAUCAAAAGAAGUAUGUUUUGGUGACAGUUCAUAUUGUAAUGGACCAGGGAUAUCUGGGGAUUACGCAGGGAUGAUUUUGGCUUUUGGAGAAGAUGAGUCAGGUGAAUUAUAUUUCUUAUCAACGAAAUUUACAGACAAUGAACUAAGAGAAGGAGCCGUUUACCAACUCUUUGAUCCAGAAAGACGUACUGAUCCAUCACAAUGUACAAUUACGGUCAAGGAACCGGCUAAACCCGAUUGUCACAACAGAAAACUUGACCGGGUUUGUGAUUUAUACAAACGUCUUGGUUACUGCAAGAGAUUCUAUGUUCCAUAUAUGAAAAAGAAUUGUAAAGUCGCCUGUGGGAUGUGCCCUUAAAAUGCGUUAAAACUCUUUUUAGUGAACGAUUACUUUGGUUCAACACAUUUUUAUUACAUGUAGGACACGAUGCAUGUUGUUAUGCUUGAAAAUACAAUCUUAAAAAUACAUUUAAAUACAUCAAAUAUGCUUUAAAUAUGUAAUCUUAAAUAUCAAUCGCACAUUAUAUCUAUAUAGCUCAGUGGUU